AUGCCACGUUUCUUUCCCAACUCCCACGGCAACGAAGUAGCCGCCGGCAGCGCGGAGCUCGUUGGAGGCCGCCCCUCAGAGCGUGCAGCCGCAGCAGAGGAAGAAGCAGCACAUCAUGGAGACGAGCACGACGGACUCGACGGCCGCGAUGACGCCCUAGAGCGCGGCGUCCACCAGGAGCAGCACGUCCCGCACCAGCUCAGGCCACGGCCGCGCCACCGCCGCGCCGAGUUGCUCAGGCUCGAUCAUUGCCACCACUCUUGCACUGGAGCCGGAGGGCGCGCGGGCGGUGAGGGGAGCAGUGCCGCCAGGCUGCGCAGGCCCAGGUGUGCUCGAUCUGGGGAAGCAACUCGCGAAGGCAGGCGGCACGCAGCAUGUAGGACUGAGGCGGCACGCAGCACACAAGACUGGCCAGGCCACGGCACGCUGUGUCUAGACGGUAGCCAGGCGUGCACGACGGUCAGCACCGGCGGGUGGCGCUCGACGUGCUGUGCAGCCAACCAGACGAGCCUCGCGGGCGCGUGCGAGGCCUAUCAGUGCACGGUGGUCCACGCCGAGGUCAGUGCCUCCGCCGUCGAAGCCAUGGCCGCGCAGGAGGUCCACCCCACCAUGGCCGUCGCUAGGGGAUUUGGGGAAGCUGUCAUCACUACAGUAAACGGUGGAUUCACCGUCGGCCGUAAAGGCGUCGGUUCUGAACAGUAG